AUGAGAUUACUUUUUGGUUUUGCGCUUUCUAUUUGCUUGGCCAGUCAUGGAUAUCUUAAAAAGUCGCUUUCAACUUCAGGCGCUGCUGCUGCUUUUUUUGUGGGAUUGGGAGCAAUGUAUAAUGAUUGGGCGGUGUUCCCUUUAUUAUUGUUAACUUUUUAUUUUACAGGUUCACGCUUAACAAAGUUGAAAGCAGAGAGAAAGAAACAAAUCGACGAAGAAUAUCAAGAUGGAGGACAAAGAAGCGCCGUACAAGUUUUAUGUAAUGCACUUUGGGGAACACUUAUAGCAGUUUGGCAUCAAUAUACAUUUGGUGGUGGAAGGAUCACGUGUUUAUUUGAGCAUCCAUUCACUACAAAGCUUUUUUUGUUGUAUCUUGGACAUUACGCGACAUGUAAUGGUGAUACGUGGGCAAGUGAAAUCGGGGUAUUGCAUAAAGAUUGGCCAAUCUUAAUAACCACUCUGAAGAAGGUACCACCCGGCACAAAUGGCGGAGUAUCACCAUUAGGUCUAGUCGCGUCACUAUUUGGAGGUUUCGUGAUAGGCAUAGUUGCUUUUGUAUCGUUAGGUUUAUCAGGAGGCUGUGAUCGUUGGAUGUGGGAGUUAAUCCCGAUUGCAAGUCUCGCGGGAUUUAUUGGCUCGCUUGUAGAUUCUGUACUUGGUGCUACAGUGCAAAAGACUUUAUACUCAGAGAAAUCACGUAAAAUAACGUAUGCAACAACAGCAGAUAAAGGUGUUAAAGUUAUCACAGCAGAUAAAGGUGUUAAAGUUAUCACAGCAGAUAAAGAUGUUAAAGUUAUCAGCGGUUGGGAUUUAUUGGAUAAUAAUCAACUUCUUUUAUUACGAGCUGUUUAA